GUCGGGUUGAGGCGGGGUCUCAGACGCAGACGCAGCCAUGGCGGAGGCGGCUUUGGACGCCGUGAGGAGGGAGUUACGAGAAUUCCCGGCCGCUGCAAGGGAGCUCAGUGUGCCUCUUGCUGUGCCCUACCUGGACGAGCCCCCAACUCCGCUCCACUUCUACCGGGACUGGGUCUGCCCCAGCAGGCCGUGUAUCAUCCGCAACGCUCUGCAGCACUGGCCGGCCCUCCAGAAGUGGUCCCUCCCCUAUUUCAGAGCCACAGUGGGCUCCACGGAGGUGAGCGUGGCCGUGACCCCCGACGGUUACGCGGAUGCUGUGAGGGGGGACCGCUUCGUGAUGCCAGCUGAACGCCGCGUGCCCCUGAGCUUCGUGCUGGAUGUGCUGGAGGGCCGGGCCCAGCACCCCGGGGUCCUCUACGUGCAGAAGCAGUGCUCCAACCUGCCCACCGAGCUGCCCCAGCUGCUGCCUGACCUGGAAUCCCAUGUGCCCUGGGCCUCAGAAGCCCUGGGAAAGAUGCCCGAUGCUGUGAACUUCUGGCUAGGGGAGGCGGCUGCGGUGACUUCUUUGCACAAGGACCCCUAUGAGAACCUCUACUGCGUGGUCUCAGGAGAGAAGCAUUUCCUGUUACAUCCGCCCAGCGACCGGCCCUUCAUCCCCUAUGAGCUGUACACGCCGGCAACCUACCAGCUAACCGAAGAGGGCACCUUUAAGGUGGUGGAUGAAGAGGCCAUGGAGAAGGUGCCCUGGAUCCCAUUGGACCCCUUGGCGCCAGACCUAGCCCGGUACCCCAGUUACAGUCAGGCCCAGGCCCUUCGCUGCACAGUGCGGGCCGGUGAGAUGCUCUAUCUGCCGGCUCUGUGGUUCCACCACGUCCAGCAGUCCCAGGGCUGCAUCGCAGUGAAUUUCUGGUAUGACAUGGAAUACGACCUCAAGUAUAGUUACUUCCAGCUGCUCGACUCCCUCACCAAGGCUUCAGGCCUUGACUGAUGGAGCACUGGUGAACGUGGCCAAGCACGCCUCGGGGGAAGGGGCCAGCCCCUUCCUGGCUGGGUCAAUUCUCGAGAGAGCCUGGAGUGUGCAUGCUGGCUGCUGGCCCAGUCCAGCAUGGCUUGAGAUCAACUUUGGAGGAUCUUGGAAUGUGGUCAUGAGGACUCAAGGUGCCAGGCAGGUCUGGGUGAGGGUUCUCAGGGAGUUGCCACAUAGGUGAGCGGAGCGGGAAUCAGGUGCAGCGGCACCUCUCCCCAGUGCUGUGAUGUUGGGAGAGUCACUGCAUCUCGGGCAUUGGUGUCCUGUCAGUAAACAGAUAAUAAUGGCUCUACCUCACGGGGCUAUCAUGGGCUUGGAGAUGAUGUCUAUGAGGACCAGCAUGGAGCUGGCACACAGGACAUGUUGAAUAAAAGGUAGCUGUGAGUCGUA